AUGUCCAUAACUUACGAUCCUGUCUCCUUAGCCUAUCAAGGUGCUAUUUCAAUAGGGUAUGAAGGAACAAAUGAUGUAGAAGAAAUGUAUAGAUUUUAUGAAGAAGCAUCGUCUGAAGACCUAAGCAACAUACAGGUUACAUUUCUACCAUGUGUGGAGAACAACGAGGAUUCACAUAGCUUAAUAAACUUUGAUCCUAUACACAAACUGCAGGAAGGAAAAUACCAUAAGGUACCAACAAUGAUCACAUAUGCUGACACAAAUUACAAGCCUAAUAUUACAGAAAGUUUUGCGAAACCACCAGAUAAUAUGGCGGAUUUAAUGCCAAAUAACUUAGAAUUCAAUAGUGGUGUUAUCCAAGAGAAAGUUGGACAGAUAAUCAAAGAAUUUUACUUUGGAAAUGAUAUUUAUAUAACGGAGGAUUUAGACCAAGCUUAUUUUGAAUACAGUUAUGAUGUUUUUAUAGAGUAUCCAGUUCUAAAAUUUGCAAUGCUUUAUGCAGGAAACGGCCCCCAUAUGGUAUAUUUGAUGCAGUUCACUCAGGGAACUGAUACAUCUACAAUCAGUAAUAUCCUGGAUAGUUUAUAUAAAGAUUAUGAUGGUGAUAUUGUUUUAGAGAGGGCACAAACGUUGUGGCAAAACUUCAUUAAAAUUGGAGACCCCACACCGCUUACCACCAGUUUAAUACCAGAUAUAUGGCAACCAGUUGCCAUAGAUAAGCGGGAUACAAAGGCCAUAGCCAGCAUACAGAUGCUACAUUUUGAAGGUACAACACUGAGGGGGAGUCCACCACCAAAGAACCAGAGAGUGCUGUUCUGGGAUAAUAUUUAUAGCAAAUUCUACAGGUCACAUAUUGUUACAGAAAUAGAAAAAACCGAGGAGUUAUAUGAUGAUGGAACAGAUGUAUAA